UCGUGUAGAGUUCGUGCGCGCCACAGCUGGGCAGUUUGCGAGUGAGGAGACACGGAGACAAAACUCAAAAGCAUUUAAAGUUCGGGACAGGAGCAUGGCGGAGGGGCAGAAUGCGUCGUGUGUGCUUUCGAGGCGGCAUAUGUGAGCCGAUCACCAUAACCGGCGAAAAUCUGCGUUCAGCAACAGGGAUAAACUUUUGAGAGGUGCUGUGCGGGUUACCCUGUGCACUCUCAUCUCGAGAUGAACUGUCACUCGGGACUACGAUGGCUGGUGAUUUUAUGCGGUUUCUUUCAAAUUGGCUCAUCCCGGGAUACGCACGAGAGGACGCGGCAAUGUGACAAGCAUGUGUCGCAAAAAGACAUGAACUCCUUCCUGUGGACAGUAAAACGGCCUCCUCCCUAUCCUCCAUCCUACCUGUUUGGGACAAUCCACGUCCCCUACACACGAGUCUGGGACUACAUCCCUGAGAGCACCAAAACUGCCUUCCAGAUCAGCACCAAUGUCUUCUUCGAACUGGAUCUCACAGAUCCUCUAACCAUCUCAAAACUUACCAGCUGCCAGCUGCUGCCCAAUGGAGAAAACCUCCAGACGUUACUUCCAAGAGACCUUUACCGCCGCCUUAAGCGCCACCUGGACUACGUCAAACACAUGAUGCCCAUGUGGAUGACAGCGGACCAGCGUGGCAGAGGGCUUUAUGCCGACUACCUCUUUAACGCCAUUGCGGGGAACUGGGAACGCAAGCGGCCCGUAUGGGUGAUGCUGAUGGUUAACUCGCUGACGGAAGCUGACGUGAGGUCGAGGGGAACGCCGGUCCUGGACCUCUUCCUGGCGCAGGAGGCCGAACGCCUUCGAAAGAAGACAGGGGCUGUGGAAAGGGUAGAGGAACAGUGUCAUCCACUAAAUGGACUCAACUUCUCACAAGUGCUGUUUGCUCUAAACCAGACUCUACUGCAGCAUGAGAGUUUGCGUGCAGGCAUUCUGCAGGACUCCUUUACCACUGAGGACCUCAUCACACACUACAACUGUGGAGACCUCAACUCUAUCAUUUUAAACCAUGAUACAUCACAGCUUCCACAUUUCAUCAACAGUUCCCUGCCAGCUCACGAGCGCUUGACGGCACAGCAGAUUGACAGUUACCUGCGUCAGGAGCUCAUUUACAAACGCAAUGAGCGAAUGGCACGACGCGUCUCCGCCCUACUGCAGCGAAGCCCCACACAGAGCUUCUUCUUUGCUUUCGGAGCUGGGCAUUUCCUGGGGAACCACAGUGUGCUCGAUAUUCUGCGCCAGGAGGGUUACGUAGUGGCCCACACGCCAGCGCAAGAACCCAUCACACAGUCUGAGAUGGAGAAAACCACUGUGGCUCCCACUGAAUGGGGUUCAGAGCCAGUGACCGAAUGGACAUCAGGACCUCCUGAGCUGGACGAGGCGAGUGAGGAGGAGCUUUCACACAUGCUGUUGCCAGACAGUCUCAGUCAGCUAGAGGAGUUUGGCCGGUACAAGCGGCCCCGUAAAACACAUCACGCACACAGUCGACCGCGGCUAUUUAGUGACCUGUGGGUGCGCAUGGGAGACAGCACAACGCCACAUCCGAAGAUCAGAGUAACGAAUGGCUAUGUGACUGUGGAUCCUCCUCUUACACGACAAGAACAUCAGCAGAGAAGAAAACCACUAGGAAACGCAGCCCCCCGCCAGCCCACAGACCCCAGUGCACUUGACUCAGCUGAUCCAAACCAGAGAUAUACGCUGACUUGCCUUUUGGCCUGUUGUCUUAUCUCACAACUGGUUUUCAAUUCCUGAGAGGCCGAAGGGUCAUUGGAAGCUCACAAGCCAGAUUCCUACCUGAGUGACUGCAAAUGCAAAGCUGGGGUCAGCUUUUGGGUACUGCUUGUUGACGUAUGUCAGCAAUCGCUAAAUAUGAACUGUUACCAUUUGGAAGAAAUCAGGAACAUUCGGUUAUGCAUUGAUUCUGUCCAAAGCUGAUUCCUGGAAUGUAAUAAUCAGCUUGUGUGAAUUACAGAUUGUACCUUUAUGUGAAUAGCUACAGUUCCUUAUUCACCCCAUCAAAACAGACAGCAGAAUAUGAAUGUGCAGUUUUUCUAAUGAAUGAAAUGGGGCAAAAGAUAUAUCGGUGUAGAAACGUAUCAGUAUCAUAUAAUGGUUAAAGCCUAACACCUAAAUUAUAUAAUACAGACUGUUAUUAUGUGAUAUGAUCACUGAUAGAUAACUGAAUAACUUAAAAUAGUUCACAGAGAUGAUAGCCUACUUAUGAUUUGUAAAAAUUGUGCAUUUGUUCAUACAGAAAGUUUAUAUUUAUUAUUUCAUGAAGAGUAUAUUUUUCAUGCAUUUCUCAAGUAUUAAAAUUAAUAAUUAAUAGAAUUCA